AUGCCAAAAACAGUAAAACGUAGCCUGACUUCCCGCGUGUUAGCUUCCUUCCUAGGCUACCCUGCAUCUUGCACAAUUGGAAAUGACGUCGUACCAUGCACAUUAUCUAUUUCCUGUUGGCUUCGUGGAGGGAUACGGUCUAAAGGCUGUGGAGGCUGGCUGUUUUCUUGUUGCGUGGAUAAUGAACUUGAUAACAGUAUUUCAGCGUCAGAUUGGCAAUACAAGGUGCCACCAAAGCUUCGUGUUCCACAGAGAAAUGUCAUCCCACCGAAUGUGUUUCGACGGAGGGUAGAUGACGAAGACCAUGUGGACUGCGGCGUACCAUCUACUAGGGUACUUCAGAAGCGUAUAAUAGGGGGCCGUGAAGCAAGACAGGCUGAAUUCCCUUGGCAGGCUCAUAUCAGAAUCUCUGAGUUUCAGUGCGGAGGUGUACUUGUAUCGCGAUGGUACGUGGCAACCGCAGCCCAUUGUGUAUCCCGGGCUAGGGUCAGAGACAUAGCUGUGUGGCUUGGUGCUCUUGACACCAGCGCGGGUUCCCAUACAGCUAGAAGACUUGGAGUAUCACAGAAACUACUCCACCCACUCUUCCAAUUUCGUAUUACACAGCCCGAUAGAUACGACAUUGCACUACUAAGACUCACAAAACCCAUUACAUACACUAGCCUCAUCCUCCCGAUUUGUCUGCCUGACAGCGAAAUGGAAUUGUGGAGUAAAUCUGGUGUGAUAGCUGGGUGGGGUAAAACGGAUGCUAGUAUGGGCCAUACAGGUACCAAUUUGCUGAGGUCAGCCACUGUACCUAUAUUAAGUAUAGAUCAAUGCAUCAAGUGGCACCAGAGCAAACAGAUCUCAGUACAAAUACAUUCGGAGAUGAUCUGCGCAGGACAUUCCGACGGACACCAAGACGCCUGCUUAGGUGAUUCAGGAGGUCCUCUUAUAGUAAAGGAAAAUGGUCGCUUCUUCCUUGUUGGUAUAACUUCGGCUGGAUUCGGUUGUGGAGUCGAUCACCAACCUGGUAUAUAUCACAAUGUUCUGACUACAGCAGCCUGGAUUAGAGAUGUUAUUACUCCUACUAGUAAUUAUAUAGACUUUUAA